GACCGGGCGGCGGAGGAGCUUGCGGCGGGUUUGAAAGCGGCAGUUUCCUGGCAGCCGGGGCAGGCGUCGGUCUCCGCGCUCCGGCUCCGCAGCGGCCACCUUCGAUCCGGGCGCCGGUCUAUGGGGAUCCUGCGCGUCCCCGACGGAUUGUUCCCGCCCCGGCGCUUCCCCGCCGACCUCCCCGCCCCUCAGCCUCCGCCUUUCCCGCCGCUGGGGCGCAGAACCCCCGGGGCCGGCGGUCGCCUGUGACCCCGCCCGACACCCCUCCGGAGCCGCCUGGGGACCGUGCCCUCCUCCUCGCCGCGGUCUAGCCCGCGGGAGAGCCCGGCCAGCCCCGAGGAGCGCUGCCGGGAGGGGCGUCCGAGGGGGCCGUCUCGGGGCUUGGAGCGGCCGGGCCCCCCGCGGGCUGUGGUCCUCGGGGCGCCGGAGCGGCGAGGCCCCCCUCGCCGGGCUGCGCGGGCCGCCCGGGGCCCCCGCCGCCGGCGCGGGGUCUCCCCCAUGGUGCAGCGGGGGUCGGGAUGUCGAAGACGCUGAAGAAGAAGAAGCACUGGCUGAGCAAGGUGCAGGAGUGCGUGGUGUCCUGGGCCGGGCCCCCGGGCGACCUGGGCGUGGAGGUCCGCGGCGGCGCCGAGCGCGGCGAGUUCCCCUACCUGGGGCGGCUCCGCGACGAGCCCGGCGGGGGCACCUGCUGCGUCCUCUCGGGCAAGGCGCCCGGCCCCGGGGAUGUGCUGCUGGAGGUGAACGGGACGCCUGUCAGCGGGCUCACCAACCGGGACACCCUGGCUGUCAUCCGCCACUUCCGCGAGCCCAUCCGUCUCAAGACCGUGAAGCCCGGCAAAGUCAUUAACAAAGAUUUGCGACAUUACCUGAGUCUUCAGUUUCAGAAAGGAUCAAUUGACCACAAACUGCAGCAAGUGAUCAGAGAUAAUCUCUACUUGAGAACCAUUCCGUGCACCACAAGGGCCCCCAGAGAUGGGGAAGUACCAGGGGUGGACUAUAAUUUCAUUUCUGUUGAACAGUUCAAAGCACUGGAAGAGAGUGGAGCAUUAUUAGAAAGUGGAACGUAUGAUGGUAUGUCCCCAAAUAUUGACAACAGUAACCCAGAAAACUAUCUGAAUGACUGGAAUUAUUUCAGAGGGAAUUUGAUCAGAAACUUCUACGGGACUCCCAAGCCUCCAGCAGAGCCCAGCCCUUUCCAGCCCGAUCCUGUGGACCAGGUCCUCUUUGAUAAUGAGUUUGACGCCGAAUCCCAAAGGAAACGAACCACCUCUGUCAGCAAGAUGGAGAGGAUGGACAGCUCUCUCCCCGAAGAGGAGGACGAUGAGGACAAGGAGGCCGUUAAUGGCACUGGACAUGCAGAAAGCAGAGAGAGGCAUUCUGAGUCCUCGGAUUGGAUGAAGACCGUCCCGAGUUACAGCCAAACCAAUAGCUCCAUGGACUUCAGAAAUUACAUGAUGAGAGAUGAGAACCUGGAACCGCUGCCCAAAAACUGGGAGAUGGCCUACACGGACACGGGGAUGAUCUACUUCAUUGACCACAACACCAAAACGACCACCUGGCUGGACCCUCGCCUUUGUAAGAAAGCCAAAGCCCCUGAGGACUGUGAAGAUGGAGAACUUCCUUAUGGCUGGGAAAAGAUAGAGGACCCUCAGUAUGGGACAUACUAUGUCGACCACCUUAACCAGAAAACCCAGUUUGAGAACCCAGUGGAGGAAGCCAAGAGGAAAAAGCAGUCAGGGCAGGCUGAUACGGGGCCUUCCAAACCAGACACAGAAAAGUCCCACUUCACGCGGGAUCCGUCCCAGCUUAAAGGCAUCCUGGUCCGGGCAUCAUUGAAAAAAAGCACAAUGGGCUUCGGUUUUACCAUCAUCGGUGGAGACAGGCCUGACGAGUUCCUGCAGGUGAAGAAUGUGCUGAAAGACGGCCCUGCCGCUCAGGACGGGAAAAUUGCACCAGGCGACGUUAUUGUCGACAUCAAUGGCAGCUGUGUCCUGGGCCACACCCACGCAGAUGUGGUCCAGAUGUUCCAGCUGGUGCCCGUCAGUCAGUACGUAAACCUCACCUUGUGUCGCGGUUACCCGCUCCCGGACGACAACGAAGACCCUGCCGUGGACAUGGUUGCUGCUACUCCCGUCAUCAACGGACAGUCACUGACCAAGGGCGAGAACACUCAGGAUUUUAAGUCGGGGGCGAUGGCUCUGGACCAGAAUGGAAAACCGGGACAGGUCCUGGUCGGUGACCGUCUCAACGGGCCGUCGGACGCGAGCGAGCAGCGAGCGUCCAUGGCAUCCUCGGCCGGCUCCCAGCCCGAACUCGUGACUGUCCCUCUGAUCAAGGGCCCUAAGGGCUUUGGGUUUGCGAUCGCUGACAGCCCCACCGGACAGAAGGUGAAGAUGAUCCUGGACAGCCAGUGGUGCCCGGGCCUCCAGAAGGGGGACGUCAUUAAGGAAAUCUAUCACCAGAACGUGCAGAACUUGACGCACCUCCAGGUGGUCGAGGUGCUGAAGCAGUUCCCAGUGGGCGCCGACGUGCCCCUGCUCAUCCUGCGAGGAGGUCCUCCUUCACCCACGAAAACUGCCAAAAUGAAAACGGAUAAAAAGGAACAUUCGGGAAGCGCGGAGGCCGUGAACGAGCCCGUGCCGCAGCCUCUGCCUUUCCCACCCAGCAUCGUCCGGUCCGGGUCCCCCAAGCUGGACCCCUCAGAGGUCUACCUGAAGUCCAAGACGUUAUAUGAAGAUAAACCGCCAAACACCAAAGACUUGGAUGUUUUUCUCCGGAAACAGGAAUCGGGGUUCGGCUUCCGAGUACUGGGAGGAGACGGCCCUGACCAAGCUAUCUACAUCGGGGCCAUCAUCCCUCUGGGCGCCGCCGAGAAGGACGGCCGGCUGCGCGCGGCCGACGAGCUGAUGUGCAUCGACGGGAUCCCGGUGAAGGGCAAGUCCCACAAGCAGGUCUUGGACCUCAUGACCACGGCUGCUCGCAACGGCCACGUGCUCCUAACUGUCAGGAGGAAGAUCUUCUACGGAGAGAAACAGCCUGAGGAUGACAGCGCCCAAGCCUUCCUCUCGACACAGAACGGGUCUCCGCGCCUGAACCGAGCGGACGCCGCGGCCAGGCCUGCGCCCCCGGAGGCCUAUGAGGUCGUCUUGCAGCGGAAGGAGAAUGAGGGGUUCGGCUUCGUCAUCCUCACCUCCAAAACCAAGCCGCCCCCAGGAGUUAUUCCUCAUAAAAUUGGCCGAGUCAUAGAAGGAAGCCCAGCUGACCGCUGUGGGAAGCUGAAGGUGGGAGACCACAUCUCAGCAGUGAAUGGGCAGUCCAUCAUCGACCUGUCCCACGACAGCAUCGUCCAGCUGAUCAAGGACGCCGGCGUCACUGUCACGCUGACAGUCAUCGCUGAGGAAGAGCAUCAUGGUCCACCGUCAGGAACAAACUCAGCCAGGCAGAGCCCAGCCCUGCAGCACCGGCCCCUGGGACAGUCACAGGCCAGCCACGCGCCUGGCGACAGUGAGACUUACAGACACUCGUGGGCGGACCACAAGCAACUCCCCCAGCCCGACGCGGCCGUGAUCUCCGCUGUGGGCAGUCGGCACCACCAGGGCCUGGGCUGCUACCCGGUGGAGCUGGAGCGCGGCCCCCGGGGCUUCGGGUUCAGCCUCCGCGGGGGCAAGGAGUACAACAUGGGGCUCUUCAUCCUGCGCCUGGCCGAGGACGGGCCCGCCCUCAAGGACGGCCGGAUUCACGUCGGGGACCAGAUUGUGGAGAUCAACGGGGAGCCCACACAAGGCAUCACGCACACGCGCGCCAUCGAGCUCAUCCAGGCCGGCGGGAACAAGGUCCUCCUGCUGCUGAGGCCGGGGACGGGCCUGAUCCCUGACCACGGCGAUUGGGAUCCCACUCACCCUCCAUCUCCCCACGUGAUCUACGACGAACAGCCACCAUCGGCCCCGUCCUCGCGGUCCGCGUCCACGUUUGAAGAGCCGCCCGUGCCGGUCACUGGAGACUCCGCGGCGAGGGCUCAGACGCGGGACCAGGCAGAACUCCAGGACGCGGCGCCUGGGAGGAAAGGCGCUGCCCAUCAGCCUCUCCUCCAGAAAAACGCGAGCAAGAGGGACCCGCCUGCCAGCCACGGCGACAAGAACCUCUUACAAGUGGAAAACGGCGUCUCCCAGCGGGGUAGGUCCGCCAGCCCUAGAAAGUCCGCCAGUCGCUACGCGGAGGACCAUCUAGAAACGCUUCCCGGUCCUCUCAAAAGUGACCCCAAAAGAGGGCCCCGGGACCGGUCCUCCAGCCCCGGGAGAGGGGAGAGUAAAAGCGGGCCCAGCAGAGGGCGCUCUUCAAGCCCCAAGAAGCAGCCGCGGGCCGAGGGCAGCGGAGACCGCCCAGGGGCGCCCGCCCAGCCCCAGCCGGCCUCGGCCUUGGACGGGGCCGGGCGCGAGGCGAAGCGGGGUCCGCCUGGGAAAGCCAGAGCGCGCUCUCCAGAGAAAAGCAGCAAGAGGCCGGAGGAGAAGUCGCUCCCGUCCAGGAAGACUCCUCUGGUUGCCAGCCAGGCAGCUGGGAGUGAGAGAGGAAGGCGAGCCCCCUUCGGAGAAGCGUCGGGAAAGAAGCCGGAGCCGGAGCCGGAGGCCGACAGCGGCCGGCGGGCGCCCAUCACACCGGGCCCCUGGAAGGUGCCCAGUGCCAGCAAGGCCUCGGGCCCGACUGCGGUGGCCGAGAGACGGCUGUGACGGUCGUGUAAGCAUUUCCCCCAAAAGUCGUUCUUCCGGAAACCCUCACGCCUGAGAACAUUUUGACUUCGCCGGUCGCCGGGGCCCCGUGAAGGGCCCUGGUUCGCUGAGCCGCCGGCCCGGGCGCCUGCCUCGCCCUCGCGCUGUCCCAGCAGACGGCGUCCGGGACGUUAACUGGCCACAGCUCACUGUAGGUCUGUGCCAAGCUCUCAGAAAUGGCUGCCCGCGUCCGUUUCCUCCUCCUCGCGAGGAUUCCCACGGCCGUGACGCCGAGGGUGGCCUGGAAGCCACGUUCUCAUCGCAUGUUGCAUGUUUACAGAGGCCCCUCGAGUCCCCGCAGGAAGGGGACCUCGCUCGCGGCUGCAGGUGGCGGUGCCUCUUCCGACAGCUCCCGCUGGCGUCCCCGCUCAGAACGGCGACGGUCACUGUCCCCGCCGCAGAGAAACGCAGGUAGUCGGAGACGGACCCCGGUUUUCUGUUUCGGUGCCGCUGGGGAAGGUGGUCCAAGGAACUUAAAGGUAUUACUUACCACUGCCCGUGCCACGGAGCCCGCACUGAAGCCAGGCAGCGUCCUCCUCCCGGCCCCCCAGCCGCAUCGUGGCCGCUCCUGGGGAACGCCGUGUGCUCCUGGCCGGAGAAGAACUAGCAGGCUCCGGUUUCUGGCCGUUUUGGUGGCACCUGCUGAGUCAUUGGUGGUUAAUUCAUAUUUGAAGCGUCACAAUCAGAGCCCGUCUCUGCCAUGCCAGCAGCUUCAGAGGCUGUGACCUCAGCCCCCUCGCAGCUGAGGACAUGCAGGGGACAGGCCUCCCUCGCUCCACGGACUCCGUCUAAAGACGAGAAAAAGACAAGAAAGGGAGCCCACACCUCCGGUCGCCUGUGCGGACCCGCGGUCUCAGAACCACAGGAGAGGCGUGUUUGCAGCCCCUGGAGCAGCGGGCAGUAGCAGCUAGAAAUCGAGGAACUUCUCAGAACAAAACCCUGCGGGGUGUCUGGACACACUGCCUGUCUCUCCGGUUCCUCUGGUUGUUGUGAAAGGUCGUGUCCAGGCCCCUCCCUCUCGGCGUCCGGCUGUGACGCUCCCUCCUGGGAUGAGGGACUCAGCCCUGUCCCGACCCCCCUCCCGGGACCCCGGAGCAGCGCAGAACGAGGCUUGGUUACGCUCAGAGUUAGCGCCACAGACACGAUUUACUUCCCCCGUCGCCCACAAUCAGUGAUAACCCUCCUAUUUCUGUUAACUGUGACAUGACUUGGAUGUCAUGUGUUGUCAGUCUGUGGCUGUUUCCUAAGUAACCUGUCACUGUAUUGAUUCUAUUCUGACUUAGCAAUGUGGCCUUGGAAUGCUAAGCAAAUAUGGAUGUACUGGUUGUAAAUGUUUAUAUACUGUACAGUACCUUUAUAUAUACACCUGAGGUUCUGAUUAGAGAAAGAUCUGUAAAUGGCUCGCUAUUUUUUAUAUAGAUAUUAAAAAAAUCAAAAACCAA